AUGUCUGAACCUGAGGAUCAUGUCCUUGUCGACGAUGUAGAACGUUCGUCUGAUUUGAACGAGCACGUGCUCACCAAUACGAAUGAAGAAUUGCUUGAAUUCAUCAGGGAGAGGUUAAGUGAGAUUGGGCGUUCAAGUACUGGUCUCGGAGUUGUUUUUUACAAACUCAAUCUUGGGAAUUUAAAUCUACACUCGUCGAUGCUUUCAGGACAUGUCAAAAUUGCUCAACAUUUCCCUCAUUUACGGAAUGUUGAUUUAAGUCAUAACGAACUCACUGAUUUGAAAUUUCUAUCUGAUAUGCAUUCAUUAGUUAUUUUAAAUGCUAGUAGUAACAAGAUUAAAUCAUUACUUGAUUUCCAUAUGGAUGAACAUCCUUCAAAAGUUUCAUUGAUUGAGGCAAAUUUCAGUAACAAUCUGUUGACGUGCUUUGAUCGUUUAAUGCCAUUUUCAAAGAGUUUAAAAAGGCUAAACAUUUCAAAAAAUAAUAUUGAUCAUGAUCUAGAAGAAUUAAAUGUUCUAACUCAUUUGAUGGAGUUAGACAUUUCGAAUAACCGUAUCUCGUCAUUGAAUUUAUCAGAAUUGAAAUAUUUAAAAAUAUUGAAUGCAGAAAAUAAUCAACUCCAAUCUGUUUCUGGCAUUGUUUGUUCGUCGCUACAGCAACUCAAUUUGAAGAACAACAAUAUUCAACAUUUAUCUCAGUUUCAAGCUCUAACAUUCGUUUUUAAAUUAAAUUUAGAAAAUAAUAAGAUUGAGAGAUUCGAAGAAGUUAAUUAUUUGGCAGACCUUACAUACAUGUAUGACUUGUCAUUACUUGGAAACCCAUUCCUCAUCUCACCAACGGAUGAUUCACUACAAGUUUCAACGAUUUACAAAAACUCAAUUCUCUUUCGAUUACCUCAAAUUGUAAUUUUAGAUCAGUUCGAAGUGAGUAGUGAAGAGAAAGUGAGAGCCAUGUUGUUCCAUCAACAACAAUCAUUAGAAAAUAAAUCAGAGUGA